AUGUCACUGCCCGUCCUCCCGCAGGUCGUGGAAGCACUGCCGGCAGGAGGUGGCAAGAGAGAUUACAACAGUAACUACGUCUUCUUUUGGAACAAUGUGGCACUCGACCUGGUUCGGCUUACCCACACGAUCGGUGGACCCCAGGGUGGACCUCCUCUGACGGCCCGGUUCCUGGGCAUCCUGCAUCUUGCCGUGCACGAUGCGUACUUUACUGUGUUUCCGUACGAUGACCAUCCGGCCAAGAAGGCUGAAUUCAUCUCUAAGUUCGAGCCGUAUCUUGACGCUGGCGUAAGACCCGCGAGUCCCACCAGUAGUGCAGCAGAACUUGCUGCCCAUGCUAAGACUGCAGUGGCUGGGGCAGCGAUCACAGUCCUCCAGAAGCUGUUCAAAGCUCCCGACAAGAGGGACCCGGGUGUGUCUUUGCAAGCCGCAGGAGCGCUGAGCGACUUCGUUGACACCACCGCACGGUCUUACCUGCAGGCGAAUGGAAUCAACCUCCGCUCAGCAGCUUACAUCUUCGGUACACAAAUCGCCGACGUGAUCCUUGCACAACUUGAGACCAAAGCUGCUGAGCCUGGCGUGGACUCUGGCAACUACACUCCGAAUGCAAAUGCUCCAUACUAUUUUGACGACGAUCCAUCUCACCCCAUUCGUCUACGUCCGGUGGACCCAAAUGACCCGGGAAGGGGCGACAAGGUAACACGUCCGUACCAUGGCCCGCGCUAUGGAACGACAGCGGCUGUGUUUGCGACGACCCAGGAUAUCAAGAUCGCAGAUCCUCCUGUUGUCCCUUCCAAACCUCCAACUAUGACCGACCCGCGGAGCGCGCCCGCUGGGAAUGAUCUGGAAUACCUUCACGCUGUAGAGGAUGUCCACCGCAUGGGCGGCGUCGAAGAAAUCGCCACAACCAAGCGUCGUCCCGCUGAAACAGCCCGUGGUCUCUUCUGGGCCUACGACGGUGCCAACUUGAUCGGCACUCCUCCUCGUCUUUACAACCAGAUCGUCAAACAGAUCGCGUACGACAUGCAGGAUACAUCUGGUGGCCUCAACUCGGACGAGAACAACGCCCAAUUCAUCCGCCUGCUGGCCCUCGUCAAUGUCGCCAUGGCCGAUGCUGGCGUCUUCUGCUGGCGCGACAAAUACAAGUACGAACUCUGGCGCCCUCUGUCCGGAGUCCGAGCAGACCCUACGGGACCAGUGCCUGAUGGCCAUGGGAGACCUACUUGGAGAGUCCUUGGUGCUCCUGCCACGAACAGCAAUGAAGGUGGCUUCAAGCCCCCGUUCCCAGCCUAUCCGUCUGGGCAUGCGACGUUCGCUGCCGCCGCUUUCCAGAUGGCCCGUCUCUUCUACGAUCAACGUGGGGACAAGAAGUUGAAGCCGAGGAAUGUCGAAGGGCCGGGAGCAGAGCAAGACGCAAAGAGAGCUUCCCAAGACUUUGUCAAAGUAGAGAAUGGCUCGCAGUCGCCAAUACAGCGUCCGGACCCAGAACCGAAAGAUCCGAGGAACGAUGCUAACGAUGAUAUCAAGUUCAAGUUUGUCUCCGACGAGCUCAACGGCAUCUCACGCACUCUGUACCAGCCCUACAAGCCGGCCACGGCAAUCGAAGACCAGCCAGGCGAGGUCCGCACACUCCAUCCUAUCGAGUUCAAAUCUCUCAAGGACGCCAUCUUCUCCAACGGCAUGUCGCGCAUCUGGCUUGGUGUGCACUGGAACUUUGACGCAUUCGCCGGCGAGACUGUCUUUGUGGAUUAUGAUGAAGCAGGAGCAGCAAAUGAGGGCAUAGACAACAACCAACCGCGGCCAGAGAAGUACAAGCAACAAUACCAAGUACAUCCAGAUGGAAGCUCCAAGUACAAGCAGGUCGCAGAAAUGGAUUGGUUUGCAGCCCAAGGACCGAGGGAGGGAUGUGACGGAGAGCAUCCAGUCGGCGGUGUGCCGUUGGGUAUGAUGAUUGCGAACAAUAUCUUCGAUAGUCGCAUGCGGUCGGAGGGUAGGUUGGAGAAUCUUGCUGAUGAUGGAGACGAACGGACUUGA